GCGGCGGCGGCCGCGGGGCUGCGGUGCGCGGGAGGCGGCGGCGGGAGGGCUGAUGCCGCACGGCCGUGCCCGCGGUCCCGGCGGAGCCAUGGGGCGGGCGGCGGAGCGGGGCUGAGCCGAGCCGAGCCGAGCCCUCCGCGCCUCGCCACGCCGCCGGCAGAGCGACUAUGGCCGGGGGAAGGAGAGGGCUGGUGGCGCCUCAGAACACCUUCCUGGAGAACAUCGUGCGGAGGUCUAACGAUACUAAUUUUGUCUUGGGUAAUGCCCAGAUAGUGGAUUGGCCCAUUGUGUACAGCAACGAUGGAUUUUGCAAGCUAUCAGGAUAUCACAGAGCAGAAGUUAUGCAAAAAAGCAGCACCUGCAGUUUUAUGUAUGGAGAGCUGACAGACAAAGAUACAAUUGACAAGGUCCGACAAACAUUUGAGAACUAUGAGAUGAACUCCUUUGAAAUCCUGAUGUACAAGAAGAACAGAACACCUGUCUGGUUCUUUGUGAAAAUCGCUCCAAUCCGAAAUGAGCAGGAUAAAGUGGUUUUAUUUCUUUGCACUUUCAAUGACAUAACGGCUUUCAAGCAGCCAAUUGAGGAUGAUUCAUGUAAAGGUUGGGGAAAGUUUGCUCGCUUGACCCGUGCCCUCACAAGCAGCCGAGGAGUGCUUCAGCAGCUUGCUCCGAGCGUGCAGAAAGGAGAGAACGUUCACAAGCAUUCACGACUUGCUGAGGUACUGCAGCUGGGCUCUGAAAUCCUCCCACAGUACAAACAAGAAGCACCAAAGACUCCACCACAUAUAAUUUUGCAUUAUUGUGUUUUCAAGACUACCUGGGACUGGAUCAUCUUGAUUUUAACCUUCUACACCGCUAUUUUGGUCCCUUACAAUGUCUCCUUUAAAACCAAACAGAACAAUGUGGCCUGGCUAGUAGUGGACAGCAUUGUAGAUGUCAUUUUUUUGGUAGACAUUGUGCUUAAUUUCCACACCACCUUUGUGGGACCAGCAGGAGAGGUGAUCUCUGAUCCCAAGCUGAUUCGCAUGAAUUACUUGAAGACCUGGUUUGUGAUUGAUCUGCUCUCAUGCUUGCCGUAUGAUGUCAUCAACGCAUUUGAGAAUGUUGAUGAGGGCAUCAGUAGCCUCUUCAGUUCACUUAAAGUGGUCAGACUACUUCGACUCGGUCGUGUAGCUCGGAAAUUGGACCACUACAUUGAAUAUGGAGCAGCAGUCUUGGUCCUGCUGGUGUGCGUGUUUGGUCUUGCGGCACACUGGCUGGCCUGCAUUUGGUACAGCAUAGGAGACUAUGAAGUUAUUGAUGAGGAUACAAACACGAUCCGAACUGAGAGCUGGCUCUAUCAGCUGGGAAUGUCGAUAGGAACACCUUACCGCUUUAACACGUCAGGCUUUGGAAAAUGGGAAGGCGGGCCAAGCAAGGACUCCGUCUACAUCUCCUCACUGUAUUUUACGAUGACCAGCCUCACCAGUGUUGGUUUUGGUAACAUCGCUCCAACUACAGAUGGGGAGAAGAUCUUUGCUGUUGCUAUGAUGAUGAUUGGCUCCCUUCUGUAUGCAACCAUUUUUGGUAACGUGACAACCAUAUUUCAGCAAAUGUAUGCUAAUACAAACAGAUACCAUGAAAUGCUGAACAGUGUCCGAGACUUCCUAAAGCUCUACCAGGUCCCUAAAGGACUGAGUGAACGUGUGAUGGAUUACAUUGUUUCCACCUGGUCAAUGUCCAGAGGAAUAGAUACUGAGAAGGUUUUGCAGAUAUGCCCUAAGGACAUGAGAGCAGAUAUCUGCGUGCAUCUGAACCGUAAAGUUUUCAAGGAGCACCCAGCCUUCAGGCUGGCGAGCGAUGGGUGCCUUCGAGCGCUUGCCAUGGAGUUUCAGACAGUGCACUGUGCCCCAGGAGACCUGAUCUACCAUGCCGGCGAGAGUGUCGACAGCCUCUGCUUUGUGGUUUCAGGGUCUUUGGAAGUAAUCCAGGAUGACGAAGUUGUUGCUAUAUUGGGCAAAGGAGAUGUUUUUGGUGAUGUCUUCUGGAAGGAGUCUACCCUUGCCCAGUCCUGUGCUAACGUAAGGGCUUUGACCUACUGUGAUCUUCAUGUGAUUAAGAGAGAUGCCUUGCAGAAAGUGCUGGAGUUCUAUACAGCCUUUUCACAUUCUUUCUCCAGAAAUCUUAUUUUGACUUACAACUUGAGAAAAAGGAUUGUGUUCCGGAAAAUCAGUGACGUGAAACGUGAAGAAGAGGAGAGAAUGAAGAGGAAGAACGAAGCCCCUCUGAUUCUACCACCAGAUCACCCGGUCCGCCGGCUGUUUCAGCGCUUCAGGCAGCAGAAGGAGGCGCGGCUCGCGGCAGAGAGAGGGAGAGACCCAGAUGACCUGGACGUGGAGAAGGGCAACGUCUUGGGCGAGCACUCCUCAGCCCGCUCGGUGGUCAAAGCCAGCGUGGUGACCGUACGGGAGAGCCCGGCCACCCCCGUCUCCUACCAGUCGGCUUCGACGUCUGGGCAGUCUGACCAGGCGAAGCUGCAGGCCCCGGCAUCGGAGUACACGGGGUGCAAAGCGUCAGGGGAUUACCCUCGACGGAAAGGCUGGGCCAAAUUCAAAGAUGCCUGUGGGAAAGGUGAGGACUGGAACAAAGUCUCCAAAGCAGAAUCCAUGGAGACUUUACCUGAGAGAACUAAAGCUUCAGGAGAAGCUACCCUGAAGAAGACAGACUCUUGUGACAGUGGCAUCACAAAAAGUGACUUGCGCUUGGAUAAUGUUGGGGAGACACGAAGCCCGCAGGACCGCAGCCCGGUCCUCACCGAGGUCAAGCAUUCCUUUUAUCCUAUCCCAGAACAGACUCUUCAGGCCACCAUGCUGGAAGUGAAACAUGAGUUGAAAGAGGACAUCAAGGCUUUAAACACAAAAAUGACCAAUAUAGAAAAACAGCUUGCAGAGAUACUUAGGAUAUUAACCUCAAGAAGAAGCUCCCAGUCACCACAGGAGUUGUUUGAAAUAUCAAGGCCCCAGUCUCCAGAAUCAGAAAAAGACAUGUUUGGAGCUAGCUGAGGUGUUUCUUUCUGAAAAACAAUCAAUCAAACAAACAGACCACCCCCCUAACAUUUUAAAUUUAAUCUCGAAAACGAGUGAGGGACCAAUUCACUAAGCAUGUUCCCUGUGUCUAAAAAGGUACGGUAGCAGGAAUUGCAACCUCAUGUCAAGAUGGCAGCUGACUCUGAAGCCUUUUUGACAGCAAGGGUACAGUUUAUAAAGUUUUUCUUUUCUGCAUUGGUUCCCAUUCCCCCCACUCCCUCUCUCCCUCAGGAUGUUGGAAUAAGAACUCGGAAAGCAGCAGCCAUCCCAGUGAGCGCCAGGUGACCUCUUAGGUUUUUGGAGCAUGCCUUAUGUAGUUAGCUCAGUUUUGCCUAUAUGAAUAAGGACUUGCCAGGGUGCUUACAUUUUCAGCAUUUUUCUUUCUUUCUUUUCUUUUUUUUUCUGCUGCUGUCACUGUCUCAGUCACCUGUUCAGCAUGUUAAAUGCCACAGUAUGUUUUCAUAUACCUGUAAUAAAGCAAAGAGCAGUAGAAUGAACAUGUGCUACUUGAUACCAAAGUUCAUUUGGGGGAGUUAAGGGAGUUGUAAAAAAGUUGGAAAAAAUGAACAUUUUUUUCUUAAUUGUCAUAUUGCUCAACCAAGUUACAUUUAACAACUAUCCUCAGAAACAGGGAUAGUAUUUCAGGUCAGUCAAUAAACAGGAUCAUCCACAUUCUCAUUCUGUGAGCCAGGAUACUGAUUUACAAAAGCUUACCUUCUGCCUCAGAUGUCAUGGAAUAUUGUUACCUUUGCUUUUAACUCCAGCCACUGAAUGUGCAGAAUGUGUCCUGCCCACUGCAGAACGUACCGUGGUGCAUCGGUGCCAGUAGCUGUUCUGCAGAUUUUCCUCCCUGUGAAAAUGUACUGUGGCAUUUAUGUCCCAUUUUUGCUGUGAAUCUGCUCUUUUAGUUCUUGUUAAAUUAUUAUUCAGAAGUUUCUGUUUUGGUAAUGUUCACUGUAGCCAAAGGCUUUCACAGAACUUUUAGAGGUUUUAGAUUGUGGCAUUUUUCUCUACACCCAAAUGUACUGUUCCUGAUCUUAUCUAGCUAGAAAGCAAAUGGAUAAUAGAGGUAGAAAUACAGUGCUUACUGUAUACAAGCACUAUUGUAGCAAGGAAACAAGAAGAUCUGCUUCUUAAAGAUGUUUCCAAAACUUAUAUUUUCAUAACUUCUUUGGAGGAAGAUUGAAGCACUUUACCAAAACUACUGUUCAUUAUUCACUAGGUAGGGUAGUGCAAAUGGUAUCAAGGCUUGGGAUAGAGGUGUGUAUUCACAGUAAAUUCUCUCCACUGAUCAGGUACGUUCACUAUUUAUCGGUAGGUUAUUGCACAGAAGCAUGAUGCAACACUUUUUGGGGUUUUCAUUCUUAAUGGCAGUAGGUCAAUACAGUUCAGUAGUAGUUCUCAUUCUUUUUCUAUGGUACAAAGUAAUUCAACAUAUAUAUAUAUAUAUAUAUGACAUGAUUUUGGGGGAAGAAAAUUUGGUUCAGGUUAAGUAAGUAAAAGGUAAAUGAAAUGACCAAUUUGAAAGGAUUUCGGGUGGCCUGAUGCUUGCAUGGGGCCAUGCAGAACUGUGCCAGCCAUCCCUGGGGAAGUGCAAGGUGCCCUGGGGAAGUGGCACAGCAUCGGGGCUGUGCUGUGAGAAGCUGGGAGCUCAGGAGGCAGGAUAUCUGUUAAUAUCUGCUCUUCCAGUAACUGCCCUGCUCUGAGAUGCUGAUUAUUCAGAGCAGCACUGCGGUUUGCAGCUGGUUUAGGGUUAGCUUUCAAUAGUCAUAGGCCCUUGUCCACUACAGAAGUGUCCAGAGAUUAUAAAAUCUUACCCAUGGACUGAAAAAUUCCCGAGAAACAUCUAUCAGGAUCAAGUCUGUAUGCUGCUUUCUUUCGCCCAUUCCCAAGAAAAGGCAUUAGAGAGGUGACUUGCUAUGAAACAGGGGUGCCAUUUCCUGAAUUUACUUCUGGUUUCAUGUUUAUUUUUUUCCAGUGGUGACAGCUACGUACUGAAGAUGUACAGUACUGCGGAAAGCUCUUUUUGACCAAAUCACAGUGUGUGUUCGGUGCUUUAAUCACUGUCAAUGGCAAUGGUUACCUGCAAUAGCUAUGCCGUGAUUACCAUAAGAAAUCCACACAGUUAGAAACUCCUACAUGAUUUUUCUCUCUAGUCUUGUCAGUCCUGUAAAUUCAUCCAACAGUGAAAUUAUGCCCGAAUAAGCCACAGGUUUACAAGUAUGUACGUAUUUCUAACUGAUGCCCAAAAGUUCCAGCAGGGUUUGAGAGGCUACCUUGGUGUCAGUUUUCUAAUCCAGGCGAAGAAGCGCUCUGCAGCAUUAUAUUCCCAACAUCGGGUUUCCUUCAGAAAAUUUGUGACAGGCUGAAAGUCUUGCUGAACUCAGCAGGUACCCAUCUCCCUGCAGUUGGAUAAACAUGAAAAUUGGCUUAGCUGAGGCAGAUGGGGGAGGAAAUGGUUAUAACCCCCAAAGGAUGUGCCUGAUAUCUCAAGCAUCGCAGCACAGGCAUAGAGUUAUGUGUGCAGUUGCAGGUUACCUGGCCCUUUGCUGCUGGCACUCUGUUGAUGUUUCUCAGCGGUAUGUUUCAUGUGCCCUCAGGGAUGUGUUUAAGGUGUUUCUGGUGCUGCUGAUUGCUGAAUCCCCCAGUUAUCCCCUCUGCCACAUGUAGUACUGUGAGCAAGGGAGCCCAAGUCCCCAUCUUCUGGGGGCACCUCUCGUGCAGCCCGAUUCAGCGUGAUUUGGUGUGCUGCUGCCUGCCGUACAGCAAGGGGUGGGUGUAGCGGAGCCCAUUUCGAAGGCUUUUAUGAGGCUUUCAUAAUAGCCUAUAAAGCCAUUUAUAAUCCAUUUGUAAAGCCUUGAAAGACUGUAAUAUACUACGGAAUUACACUUAAAAUGUAAUGUCUUUGAAGAAUAUGGCCAGAUUUGAUUCUGUUACAGUCAUGAAACUCCAGAAAAACCCUGCUCCCUCCAGUGAUACCUUCAAGGCGUCUGCUGCAGGUCAGCACUGGCAGCAGGCAAUGUCAUUCACAUUUGCACAGCUGUAAAAGAUCAGACCCAUUUUAUUAUGAUUUUAUGAACUGGAAGGUACUAAAACUAGUUGUAGAAGACUGCAUCAUCCCUCAGUAACCAGUAUGCGUUGUAAGAGAAUUUGAAAAAAUAUUUAGGAUGAGCUUUUGGUCUGUGGAUUCCCUGGGCUACUUAGUAAUUAAAUUGAGCACAACUCUGCCUGCUGUGGAACCAGUGACUGCUUUGGCCCUCAGACUGGUUUGGAGCUGUAGUGUAGUGCCCAGGCUCAGCAGAUCCAGUGCUUCUCCUUUAGGGAGUGAUUGAAAGCACCUCUGUUGCAAAUCUGUCUCUAUUGAGCCUUAAAUUUGGAUGCCUAAGGCUGGGUGGUGCACAUACCCAUGGUAAUUUUUACUUGUUCUUCCAUUUCUUUGUCAGCUUUUCCUUUUUCUCCCUACAUGUUGAGCAAGCCUCCUCAAUAAAAUUAUUUUUCAGCUUAGAAAUGAAUGACCUCUGAGCAUGAGAGAUUCUGCCCCUUCACAAGCAAAUGUUUUCACAGUCUGUAAGAGAAUAGAAAAAACAAAGCCCCUGUUUUAACGGUGUUCUGGCAUAGUGCUUCUAACAUUUAACAGCCUGCUAAAGAGCCUGUAUUAAUCAAAAAGUGGUCAUGCAUUCUGUUUUUACCCUAUAUUCGAAUGAGAUUUCCGUCAAAAGCUGGUGGCUCAGAGAAAGAGCCUAGGUUAUGAAUUGUUAAGAUGGAAACGUGUAGAAGUUCGUGCUUAACCAGAAUACCAAUAUGCAGCACAGGAUUAAAAAAGCGAAAACCAACCCUCACCCCUACUGUGUUCAGAUACAUUAACUUCUGUCUGGUAUUACCUGUAUACUUUUAAAAACACCCUUCUUGCUUUAAAUCUCUUUCACAGUGCUGCUCUGAAUCCCAGCGAGCACCCUGUUUAACAGCUUCGAAGGUGAUGUUCUGCUUCUACAGUACUUCACUUUAAUGAACCGAACAAGAUAUUUACUGUGAAUAUCUGGUGAUAUUUUCAAUCACUCUUAACCAGUCUGUGAAAGAAUUUAAUACCUGAUUUGUCUUUGCUAUAUAAACAACAAUGUGUAUGAUUACACUUGUGCAAAUGCGUGUACAUACACAGAUAUAUAUAAUAUCUAUGUACAGAUAAGUCUAUGGAUUGUGUUUCUGUUCCGUAAAAGCACAUCCCUCAUUCAAUGAUUACAGUUCAAGACGGGAACUUCAGUCUUCCCAGUAGCUACCCACUGAAUGUCCUAGUUAGUAUCUUGUUUGUUAAAUGUUGAAUUUUUAAGGCCAAGACUUUUGGUUUCUCUAGCAGGCCUCAACUUUAUCCUAUUAGUCUGGCUAGCUGUGACUGAGAGAAGAUCUGGCAGGUGCUGUGAUAGGAAAAUGAAACCGUGUGACAUUGGAAAAAUGCUGUAUCAUAGCUGGUGGGAAUACGGCUCAUAAACCACCAUUUGUUGCUCACUCACAAUGUCUCUGAAGCUAAGCUGCCCUGGUAUCGCUUCUCGUGGCUUCUCCUGCAAGAGGGACUGUGGAACAGGCGGAUUUCUUUUUCCUGGUACCAGGGGAUGUCUCAAAGGUGCUGAGCCUAUCGUUCUGUGGCAUGCAGUCACCGCACCUCUGCUUUCUUGUCCUGGUAUUAGGUGGUGAAGAGCACCUUCUGAAUUCUUCAUUUCCACGUAGUCUCCUGUGGGUGUUUUGGCAAUAACAAAGUCUGUGUUUCAGCUGCACUUCUGAUUCAUUGCGACAAACUUUUUAGAGAGAGACCCGUGCAGGGAAGCUCCAGAAAUUUGAGGUGAGGUGCAGUAGAUUACUGCAUCCUUUAAUCAGACGUAGUUUUGACCACAUUGUUGUGGCAAGUGUUGAUUCAAUUAAAUGAAAAUAAAGCUUUUUGCAAUAAGAUAUAUCCGACAUUUAGCCUUAAGACCCUUUCAUAAGUGACAUAAUUCAAACUGUGAUUCCAUUCUCCUUCCUUCUUAAUGUUCUGUAGUAUUUACAACGUUGCCUAAAGAUAAAGCACUUUGAUUAGCUUUCUAAAUCUGAUGGAAAUCACUUGUUGGUAAUCACAUUUAUUUUUCCACUUAUUGCCUUCUUCUUGGUAUAAUAAAUUACUCCAAUAGUCCUCUCCCCUUACAAAACCAAGAUACAUAAUUAUUGUCUAAACACUUUUGUACAUCAGGGAGCCAGCCCGUCAUAUCACGAAAGUGUUUGUUUCAAAGAUUUUUUUUACAGUUCAACAACGCUAAUGUGAAAUUACCUGCAACUGUAAUUUGUUUCAAGCUGAUUGUUGAGUGUUGUGUAAACAUAUUUGAUGUGUAAUCCCAGGACAUCUCUGUAGGUGGACUUAAAUACCUGGUGUUAACAAAGCAGUUUGGGGUUUUCACUCUCUGUUCUGAAAGGCUAAUGUCCUUUUUCUUCUUCCCACUGAAUCUGUGACCACUAACAUAGAAAAAGAAUCAUUUUAGCUGUAGAUGAAAGACGUUCAAUAAUCUUGUAUCAGGAUGAACUGCUAUAUAAAGAAAUACGAAGUUUUCUAAUGAAUGUGUUAUAUUAUUGUACCUACAUACAAUCAAUAUUUGUACAUCUGUUGGAAACCUGUCUGCGUUUCAAUAUUUAGCCACCACUGCAUGGACACUUUAUUGAUAUGCAGUUAAUGCAGUCGCUUUGGCGCUUUUAAGUGUAUUUCACUUGGUUUUAUCCUUUCUGAAAUCCACCAAAUACUCUUCUUUCUUUUUCUUGGCAUUUGUCACUUUGUUCAAUGAAGCAUGACUAGACAAAGAGAACAAGUAGAUACUAUUUUUGUGGUCAGCAAAGCAGCUGCCAGUAGAUAGACAGUGUGUGUACGUACGUAUACACGCUGUUUGGGAAUGUUUCAGUUACAAAUGCAGCCACCUACAUAAUGAUAUCCCUGUUCAACAUUUUUAAACAAGCACAAAUAAUAUUUGUAAAAAA